AUUUCUCUCUCAUUUUCUCACUGCUCACCCACUCACUCUCCUCUGCCACUAUUUCUUGUCUUCACGUUUGAUCAUCGUCGACGUUUGUGUCUCCUUUUGCUUUGUAUCUGAGUAAUUUUGCAAAAGCAAUACCACUACAUUACGCAUCUCCGUAAAAAAGAGCGAACAUUUCUCUCAUCCUCCUAUAUAUAAAGAACCCAUCUUCUUCCCUCUCUUCUCUAACUAUUUGGUCGUCUACAUAUAUUUAUCUCUUUUGGGAAAAGGUGGGACACCUGAAAAAAUGGUUUCUUUUCGUUGUACUAGCAGAAGCAUCAGCAUUCUUUUUCUGUUCCUUUGUGUUCUUGUUGCCGAAAUUAACAUUUGCCUUUCAGCUAAGGUGUAUGUAGUUUACAUGGGAAGCAAAAAUGGUGAUGACCCAGAUCAGAUUUUGAUGCAAAACCAUCAAUUGCUUGCUUCUGUGCAUGGUGGAAGCAUAGAGCAAGCUCAAGAAUCUCACAUUUACAGUUACAGACAUGGUUUCAGAGCCUUUGCAGCCAAGUUGACUGACCUUCAAGCUUUCCAAAUUUCUAAGAUGCCUGGAGUCGUUUCGGUUUUUCCCAAUUUGAAAAGAAGCUUGCACACCACUCAUUCGUGGGAUUUCAUGGGUCUUUUGGGGGAAGAAACCAUGGAGAUUACUGGCUUUUCCACAAAGAACCAAGUCAAUGUCAUUGUUGGUUUCAUUGAUACUGGAAUUUGGCCUGAAUCUCCAAGUUUUAAUGAUGACAACAUGCCUCCAGUGCCAGCUAGAUGGAAGGGGCAUUGUGAAUCAGGAGAAGCAUUCAAUGCUUCAACUUGCAACAGAAAAUUGAUUGGGGCUAGAUACUACAAGUCUGGCUAUGAAGCCGAGGAAGAUUCAACAAACAUAGUGUCAUUCAGAUCUCCAAGGGACAGCUCCGGUCAUGGCAGCCACACGACCUCUAUAGCUGCUGGCCGAUAUGUGUCAAACAUGACUUAUAAGGGAUUGGCAUCUGGAGGAGCUAGAGGAGGUGCACCAAUGGCUAGGAUUGCAGUAUACAAGACGUGUUGGGACUCUGGUUGUUAUGAUGCUGACUUACUAGCGGCCUUUGAUGAUGCAAUCAGAGACGGAGUUAACAUCUUGUCUCUGUCUCUGGGUCCUGAUGCUCCACAGGGGGACUACUUCAGUGAUGCCAUUUCUGUGGGAUCAUUCCAUGCUGCUAGGCAUGGUAUUCUAGUGGUUGCUUCUGCUGGAAAUGAAGGAAACCCGGGUUCUGCAACAAAUCUCGCCCCAUGGAUGAUCACUGUUGCUGCAAGUUCAACAGAUAGGGAUUUCACUUCUGAUAUCAUACUAGAAAAUGGUGCUAAAUUCACGGGUGAAAGUCUUAGUCUCUUUGAAAUGAAAGCCUCAGCAAGAAUCAUUUCUGCCUCUGAAGCCUAUGCAGGGUAUUUCACUCCCUACCAAUCCAGUUACUGUUUAGAGAGUUCCUUGAAUAGAACCAAGGCCAGAGGGAAGGUUCUCGUCUGUCGGCAUGUUGAGAGUUCAACGGAGUCAAAGAUGGUGAAAAGUAUGCUAGUGAAAAACGCUGGUGGUGUCGGCAUGGUUCUCAUUGAUGAGGCAGAUAAGGAUAUUGCUGUACCAUUUGUUAUCCCUUCAGCCAUUGUUGGACAGAAGAUAGGAAAUCAUAUUUUAUCUCAUAUUAAAAGCACAAGCAAAUCAAUGUCUAGAAUUUUCCCUGCAAAGACUGUACUGGGACUGAAACCUGCACCUCGUGUUACAGCAUUUUCUUCAAAAGGACCCAAUUCUUUGACACCCGAAAUUUUGAAGCCUGAUGUCACAGCGCCCGGACUGAACAUACUCGCAUCUUGGUCCCCAGCAGCAGGGGACAAGCAGUUCAACAUUCUUUCUGGUACUUCCAUGGCUUGCCCGCAUGUAACAGGAAUCGCUGCCUUGAUCAAAGCUGUUCAUCCAUCAUGGUCACCAGCAACCAUUAGAUCUGCAAUCAUGACUACCGCUACUCUUCUGGAUAAGCACCGCAAACCCAUCAUAGUGGACCCGGAAGGAAGAAGGGGUAACCCGUUUGAUUAUGGCUCAGGAUUUGUGAACCCAAAAAGAGUCCUUGAUCCUGGUCUUGUCUAUGAUGCGCAGCCAGCAGAUUAUGUAGCAUUUCUUUGUUCAGUUGGUUAUGAUGAGAAGACGGUGCAUCAAAUCACACAAGACAACAGUAGAUGUGAUCACGCAUUCAGAACAGCAUCCGACCUGAACUAUCCAUCUAUCACAGUGCCAAAUCUUGAAGACAACUUCUCAGUAACUAGAACAGUUACCAAUGUUGGGAAGCCAAAGAGUAUCUAUAAAGCCGUUGUCUCCUCACCCAUCGGAAUCAAUGUUACUAUUAUCCCAGAUCAAUUAAUCUUCAAUAGCUUGGGGGAGAAGAUGAACUUCACUGUAAAUUUCAAGGUGACUGCUCCAUCUAAGGGAUAUGCAUUUGGGUUCUUUUCUUGGAUAAGUGGAAGAUCAAGGGUUACCAGCCCCCUGGUUGUGCGAGUUGCACAUUCAAAUUCGGGGUUGCUGAGAUAACCAUUGGCCGAAAAUUGUAAUUAGAUUAGGACCUUGAAUUUCCUCACAGAUACUAGAUCUUUACACACUAAGAAGCCAAUGCAGAACCAAGUAUAGUUUAAUAUCCUAGGUUACCUACAAUUUCUAAGCUCCCGGGCUGAAUUAUUAUGAAAUUAUUUGUAUUCUUUUGGGUGAUAUGAGAUAAUUUGAUAAACCACGCAAAUCGAAGAAAUUUUUAUUUGUUAUUUA